AUGUCUAUGUUUAUGGGAUCCUUUCCUGGACAAGAAGUGUCACAAGAGAAAUUAGAUAUAGCAGAAGUUCAAUUUGAUGCUAUGAAUGCGACAUUUAAUAAUAUAUUAAAGAGUUGUCUUGAGAAAUGUAUCUCAAGGGAUGGCUAUAGUGAAGGAGAUUUAGCAAAAGGUGAGAUGUGUUGCAUAGAUAGAUGUGUUGCCAAAAUUCAUUAUGGGAAUAGAUUAGUUGGUGGAUAUGUACAAAGUAAAGGGUUUGGACCUGAACAAUAUUUACGACAUUACAAUGAAUUCAAGUCGUCGUCAUCGUCAUCGUCAUCUUCAAACAAUUGA